AUGCGUGACCAUGAUGACUGGGAGGAUGUCGAUGACGACGUUGACAUGGACGUCUUGGAGGAGGAACUCCCAGAUGAGAAUGGCUCUGAGGAGGUGAUCUCUGAGGAGAGCAUUCCAGAGGCGCCAGUUUCAGAAGAGAGAGCCUCAAGGGAUGAUGGCCCACAGACAGAUGAGGAUAUCGACCCAACUUCGUCCUGGGAUCAACUACCAUACGAGCUCUCCCACAAGAUCCUGCAGAUACUCGCCGAGGACGAGGCAAAGUCCCACCUGAUGGCCGAGUACGCCGUCGUCUGCAAGUCGUGGCAAGCCGAGAUUGAGAAGGCCACCUUCGGGUCCCUGGCGGUGAAGCAGACGGACCUGCCGCAGCUCGAAGAAUACGUGACAGGCCGGCGGCGGGCCCUGCUGAAACACAUAUGGCUCAAGGUCGAGCUGCCAGAGUACUCUCGCCGGUCGCGCCAGGUCCCGGAGGCGGACCAGGAUCAGGAAGAGAACAAUUACAAGUAUUCCAUGGCGCUCUACGACCUCUUCAAACUCCUGGAGCCGUGGAAUACGCCAGAGUUUUGGUUAGCCAGGAAUGGUCGCGGCAUCAGCCUCGAGCUCAGUGCCUUUUCUCCUAGUGAUAAAAGACACCUAUUCGGCGAGGCAGGCCUGGAUGCGGACGGCAACUCGAGGUACUUUGACUCAUUGCUGGAUUUUAUGCUCUUGGUGGUCCCAGACCCCCAAGGCAUUCAUGGCUUGCACAUCGUCGAUGUGGUGACGAGUUUUUCUAUACUGCGGCGGAAUUUCCGCAACGUGUCGGCUACGUCACUCAUCCCGAUUCUGAGAUCAUUACCUCGUCUGCAAGAGGUGCGGCUCGAGCCGUGGCAGCAAGUCGACCAGCCUGCCCAGGAAGAUGUUGAUAGCGAACUCGCCGGCCAGAUACCCUUCUGGCCAACGACUCUGAAGCGCAUCAGCAUUUUCGAGCACUUCGGCGCCUUCGACCAGAACGAUAUGUGGGACACGAGAAUACGAUUCCCGUUCCUCGCACACGGCCUGCGUCGCCUGAGCACACACCUCGAGGAGCUCAGCGUCUCGUUCGCGGCAGACGCAAAGGACUUCUUCCAGCCGUGGGCCAACCUGAAGCCCGGCGCCCCAUCGCCCCAGCUGCCGCAAUGGAAGCACCUGCGCUGGCUCACUUUGACCUCGCGCAUGAUCGCGGAGGUGGCAUUCCCGGACGAGGUUAACGGCCUCCUUCGCUCGGCCGGGCUGGCAGCCAAGGAGAUGCCGGCGUUGCAGGCGAUGGAGCUGUACAACGCGACAAAAUGGGAUGCCGGGGUGUUCCGGUUCUUGGUGGUGGAGAACACGGGCGUGAUCAGCUGGACCAGCACGUGGGAUUUCCGGAUGGCGGCGGGCGUCAAGAGUUUGUGGAGGGAGGUGGCACUGCUGCGCACGCGGCAGGAGCCGUUCGUGUUCGACGAGGUCAAGAUGCCCAACUACAAGGGCGGGCCCGAGGGCUUUAUCCACUCGGAGCUUUCUACGAGGGAGCUGGUGCUGCACCCGAUCUCGUCGGCGGAUAUGAUGGGAGAGAGGCCGUUCCCGGACCCGGUGCUGCGUGGAAUGGACCGCCUGCGGGAAAGUCGCGCCUUCGGAACGGUCGCGCCUUCGGUGACUUUGGAGCACUUCGGUGUUGACGAUGCCUCCGGGCGCCGGUCGGGCUGCCAAGGUCGUACUUUGAUAUGCUACCAUGGGUACCCCUUUUUUCUCGAAGGCCGGGGAAGACGGACUGGAUGUAACCCUUCCCAGGUCGAGGGACCAGAAAGCGGGCGCGCUGUGGGCGGAUCCUUGCGCUGGCUGACGGGCGGGUCCUCUUUUUGGGUGGUGCAGAGCGAGAUGGGGAGUUAUGCUGUUGAGAUGCAGGCUUGGGUUCGAGAUGAGGCUAUCACUGAAUGGCCCCCCACCGCCCUGUUUGCCUCUGGUCUCUGGUCUCUGGUCUCUGGUCUCUGGUCUCUUGUCUCGCCCGACCCCUCGAAACAAUCAAGCCUCCCAGCCCAGCAGCCAACCGAUCCGGUCCGAUCAGCAGAGCAGAACAGUCGGUCACGGUUUCGCAGCCACGGCCACUGUCACGCGGUGCCGAGUCUCCUGCGUCUUGUCACCUUGCUGGUCGUGCGGCGGCACGAGGAUCCAGUCUCAAUUGUCUCAGCGGCACGAGGAUCCAAGGCCAACGGACGAUCCCCCUACCGCCGCGCCCUGCCUAAUCUCCACGUGCAGCCUGCAAAGGGCCACCGCGAAAACAUGUCCGCUCUGUCCGCCGUCCAGACGGCCACCACCUUGACUCCUCCUAGCAGCUCUCAUGGCGAUGGUAACGGCUUCUCAUGGGACUUCACGUCUGCCAAACAUGAGAACCGUCCAUACGAGGAGAAAAACACCCUCAAGAGCGAGAACACAAACGGAAUCUACAGAUCACAUCACCUUGCCAGGGACGACAACGGCUCGAACUUUGAUCCAGACACGUCAUCUAAGGGCUCGAGUGGUGGAGAUCGGGUGAACGGACCAGGUGCCGGUGCAGUCUCGCAUUCCCUCAGCAACGACGACUCCGACACCGACGAUAGACCCGACAACGUAGUCGACGUGCCCUUCGAGGAUGAGUACCAACGCAGUGGCCGCUCGCAGACGAGGAGCAAGGAUCAUUUAAACUACGAGGAAGAUUCGAAAUGGAUUCACAGGGACUUACUCGCCAAGAUCGAAAGCCAGGAGCUGCAGGCUGCUGGCAUCACCUUGCCACGGUCUCGAUCUCGGAGCAGACAUCGUAAAGACAGGGACAGGAGCCAGAGUAGUGCGAGGAAACCAAUGCAGGACAACUCUUCGAGGUCUAGGAAGAACUCGUCACAUGCCAUGGAGCCCAAGACGCCUGACACGUCUGAGGCCAUCAAUGGUUGGGAUUCAAGACCGAUUGAGGAGGCCGAGGCUGAAGGUGAUGCGCCCGCAAAGCCCGCUGGCGGCUCUCGCAUACCGGUACCCAAGAAGAGCCCAUUGCCACUUCCCGCACAGCACAUGGACCGGGAUAAGUUGAUGAAGAGGGAAAACAGCCCUGAGGAGCUAGAGAAGCGGAUUGAUAUGCCCAAGGCUCGCUCAAGGUCGAAUAGUACCACCUUGAAGAACCUCGAGCCCUCACCAACCUUCAAAGCCCACCCAGCCAAACGCGCUGCGACCACGGACUUGUCUCCCAAGAAACAGACCACGACUGGACCUCGCAAAGGCUCAGCACCGUCCAAGUCGAUACCACCAGAAGCCCGUGGUAAGGUCAAACCGAAGCCGAAGAACGGGACAGCCAGCAGCAACACACGGCCCUCCACCAGGUCCGGGGAGCGUGAGUUAUCCAUAGGCUCCAAACCGAUGGAGGGCGAUCCGCCAUGGCUCGUGUCAGCGUACAAGCCUGACCCUCGCCUACCGCCAGACCAGCAGCUGCUGCCCACCGUGGCCAGGCGACUGCAGCAGGAGAAAUGGGAACAGGAGGGCAAGUUUGGAAGCAUUUACGACAAGGACUUCAGGCCGCUUACGGGCGAGGGUUUCCUGGCGCCUCCGGACCAUAUACCAUCAUCCUCGUCUGAUGACAUAGUGAAGCAGGAGGUGGAGAAGCCGUCCGACGACUGGCCCUUGAAGUCGCCAGAUAUCCCGAGAAGCCCAGCAUCACCCGGGAGGUCCAGUUCAUACUCCACCAUGCCCAAGAUCCAGGAUAAACCACCUGCUAGCCCGCUUGCGAGCCCGAAACCACCAUCGCGGCGCGCCGAGUCUCCAGAACCGAUGCAGGUCACGAGGGUACCGGACAUCCCGGAGAAAGAGCCGGAGAACACAGGGAAGAAAGAGAAGGGAGGCUGUGGCUGCUGUAUUGUGAUGUGA